AUGGAUAUCAACAGCAAUACUAGAGGCAAUCAUGCCACUAGCAGACCCAAGCAUAUUUCUAGGCUUAGAAAAGAGAUGCUUCAACAUCGUAUGCAUCAGAACCCUUUCAGCUCACCACCCUCAUCAACCGGCUCCCACGACACGGUCAGCACCACCACCGAAGAGCUCUCCCAGAAUCUCUCCGACUUUUCAUUUAGCCCCGACGGCGAAGGCACCCGUCGCUUCAGCGAGGAAUUCCAAGCUGCAUCCAAGAGACACGCCUCGAGGUCAGGCCGCUUCGGUUCCAAGCAGAUGGAUGCGGUUCUCAACACCUCGGCAAUUGCCCGCACCUUUCCGGAAUGGACCGGCCUCCUAACCAAGGAUAAUAUGACUUUCACUCAGACCGGCGACAUGGUCGCGCCACUUAGGCCCGUUUCUGCCUCCCCGGGUGGGAAGGAGAACAUACCCCCGGCCCAGGAACGCGCCGGCGAGAACACAUUUGAAGAUAUGGCCGAGAUGAAGAGGAAGCGCUUCCGCGCCGACCUUCAAGCACGUGUUGAGAACGAGUCCGACGCCUCCACCAUUCUCUCCCUCUCACCCGCGCGGCCUGCCUCGGCCUCCCGCCGGUCUCGUUUUGCACCUGUCGAGCCAGAAGUCACGGUUGCCCCCGAGGCCGGAAAGCGCUCUCUCCAGGACAUGGCGUCGAAAAUCCGCACCGAAAAGCAAACCACCAAGCGCGAUGUCACCCCGAAACGUUCCCCAUCCGCCCGCCCCAGUUAUGACACUCCAGCCCACGCACUCGCGCUCGACAACAGCAUGAUUACCCCCACUAGUCGCUCUUUCUUUCUACCAUCUUUCCGCCAUCUCCCAGACUGGACGUCCGGAACUCUCAAAUUUAGCACGAUGAAGAACGGCGUUCCCGUCUUUGUCAAGUCGGACAAGUCAGGCGUCCGACUGGAUAAAUACGGAAGGGACCAUGACGAGAUCCACGCGGUCGGAAUCACCAAGGAAGACGAGGAAAUGUUUGUUUCUAUGGAUAAGCUCCAGGAAGAAGUCCGCGAACUCCAUGACCACGACGCAAUGCUUCAACUCGAAGCCGAGAAGCUGCAGCGGGAAGUCAACCAGCUUCAAGGCGAGCUUAAGAGGCUCAAGACCCGGAAGCUUUCGGAUAGUGCCAUUGGUUCAGAAUCCGAUGCCUCAUUCAGGCGCAGCGUUGGGCAUAACGACGAUCUAGAAUACGAGAUUGCGCAGCUGCGGGAUCGUCUUGACCAGGCUAGUAGGCAGGUCGGCGUCAAUGACAUUCACAGUGCCGCCCUCGCGGCAGAACGUGAUGAAGCCUUGCACCAAGCCUCCGUUGCCCGCGAGCGCGCUACCAAACUCCACGCCGAGCUUGAGGCCACACAGAAGGACCUCGAGUCCUCUCUGCAUUUACUUCAGGAGAGGGAAGAAUUGCAGCUCGAGAACGAAGCCCUACUCUCUGAAAACCAGACUCUCAAGCACCAACGCGACUCUGCCCUUCAAAACAACAAAACCCUGACCGCCGAAAACGACAAGCUCCGCCGGGAACUCGGUGGGGUACAAAAAGACCUCCGCAUCACUCGCGAGGAGCUUGCCUCGGUUCGCAAGCAGUACGAGGCUUUGCAGGAGGAGAAGCGGCAUAUUUCACAAGACCAUGCCAGCAUGGAGCGCAACAGUGACACCUAUUACAAGGAAAACAAGAAACUGCAGGCACAGGUCGCCGCGCGGGACCAGCAUAUCACCGAUCUGAAGAAGGGAAUCAGCUCCCGAGACAAGAUGCUCGAUAACAUCCAAGGCUUGACAACAAAUACAGCUGUCCUUGAGCUGAACGCUGAGCUCCAAGCCGAAGCCGAGCAUCUCCAAAUCAGGGUAGAAGAGCAAGCUGCCGAGCUAAACCAAAGGGAGAGCGAGAUCAGCGCCGGGGAAGGUCGGAUUCGUUCUCUCAAGGAACAGAACUUGGACCUCUCCCUCGACAAUGAGCGGCUGCGGAAUGAGAACCGGCGCCUUCGCUCAGGCCACGAGGAAUUGAGGGGGCAGUGGGCCGACGAAAGGAAUAAGGUGGACCAAUUCAUCUCGAAGCACGUGGUCAACGAAGAUGCCGACGACUGCAUCCGCUUAGACGACGAUUUCAAACAGAGAGAAGCGGCUCUCCGGAAAAAACUCGAGCGCCGAGAGGCAGCCGUCCAGAAAGUCAAGCGCCUGUCCAACAGAAUCAGCGAGAUCGCGGAGCAAGAGUUCACUGGGAAAUCAACCAAAAUGACCCGCAUUAUUGAACCAAAAGACGUCCAGGCAACAACCGAUGAGAUGACAGGAAAGAGCAGCGCCGUCAACAUCAACGUCGUCGACGACGACCUUACCAGAGAGCUCCACUUGACUGAGGAGGACUCUGACUUCGCGAGUGUUAUGGAGGGCGAAAUCGUCAAGCUGAGGCACACCUAUCGAGAGCUUCAGAAACGAGUGCAGCAGGAUGCUGACAUUACCACUCAUUCCCUGCCUUCGCUUCCUCCGACACUUCAAAGGAGCAAGUCUGAUAGCGGCGUCCCUUCCAGGUUUGCCCCGCAAAAGGCCCAGCUUCCUAGUAUCCUCAAGAAGUCUAGUCAGUUUGAGGAUACUGGUCGUUUUAGCGUCAAAUCUGCGCUGAGCGUUGCCAGCCAUCAUGUGGAGGACGAGACUUUCAACAACGCGCGCACCCGCAGGUCGUCUAUGGGUAACACUCAAGAACUCCCGCGCGCAGAACCCCAUCUCCGCCGCAACUCUGAAGCCGGCCGUGAAGCGACGGAGCCCAGUCUAACCUCUGCCUUCUUCAUGCCCGACACAACACUCGAGGGUCUCAAGCAGGGCACCGCCCAGGACCUGCCGCAAGAGGCCAUCCCGUCGUUGAGCAAGGACGCUCGCCGCUUGCUGGAUGGCAUCUGCAAACACAACUCUGUAAACUGCAACAUUUGCGUGCGAAUCGCCGCCCACGGCGGCGAGAAGCCCGCCUCUGCCGCUGCACCAACCGCCAACAAAAUCUUCAUCACCCCAGAAGACGUGCGGCGCGGCAAGAAGAUUGUCUCCGCCGAGAAACCCAUUCCAGUCUCGGACCGCCUCCCAGCUGACCAACAGCACACCCAGCAGCACCCUGAAGACCCCACCGUCCGCCCGGCCAUGGCUCCCGGCGAGGCGCUUGCCGUCCUGAUCAAGGAAACGCAGGACGAGAUCGACCACCUCCAAAUCGAGCUCAAGCGGCUCAACGAGGUGUACUUCGCCCUGGACAAGUCACUCGGCAUGCGUGAGCGGAGACGCGUCAUGGGUGACAUCAAGCGCCUGCAGGGCGAGCUCGAGGCCAAGAGCGGUCAUCUGUAUCGCCUCCAUGACGUCCUCGAGGGGCAGAAGCAGGCCGGUCAGCUGAUGGAGGGCGAUGGUGUUGACGUCACUGUGUUGAGUGGCCUGUUGAGAGCGGAGGUCAAUGUGACAGGGGAAAGCAGAGGGGAGUGGGAGGGGUUUGAAGAAUGA